AUGUCCCGCCGAUUUGACGAAGAGGUGCACGAAGAGAAAUUUGAUAGACCAGGAUCAAAGAAGAAAACUAGUUCCAAUAUCAAUUUAGAUGAUAUGGAAAGAGGGCAACGAAAGGAAAUUGUUGCUGAUGAAAUUGAGUUGGAAGAUAACAAGGUUCAAGAUGUUGAUCCAGUCGCUGAUUCCGUGGCCAAGAAUAUUCUGCCAUACUUUACUCAUCCCGAUAUUAUUUUCGAUUGGCGUGCUGUUUUGGGUGAAUUUCUUGGUACCAUGUUGUUCAUCUUGAUUGGUACUCUCAGUUCUCAAUGGUCCAACGGAGAUUACAUUCGUGGCUCACUUGGUCACAUCUUUGGUUUAAUUAUUGUCAUUCACGUUUUCGCUCCAAUUUCAGGAGCUCACGUAAACCCUGCCGUUACCAUUGCGGUCUUGGUCACCCGUAAUAUUGGUAUCAUGUCAGGAGUGUUGUACUUGUGUGCUCAAUGUUUGGGUGCCACUGUUGCCUCUUCAUUGACUUUGUGGAUUGCAGGAGGAAUUGACGGAGCUGUCUUUAUUUUACCAGCCGACGAUGUUGUCACUGCUUUGAGAGGUUUCACUUCAGAACUUUUGAUGACUUUCAUGUUUGUUACAACGAUUUUCGGAGCUGCUGUCAAAGUUAAGCACUUGAACACUCAAUCAUACUCUUCUGCACCACAUACUGCAAGCAAGAUGGUUGAAAAUGAGAGCAAGAUCUUCUUGGAAGUCAACUUUGAACCUAUUGCAAAGAUUGUUGCUGCCUUGUACAUUGGUUUGGCUCUAGGUGCUAACGCUAUGGCUGGUGCUUUGACUGGUGCCUGCAUGAAUCCUGCUCGUGCUUUGGGUCCAAUGCUCAUUUCUUGGUCCUUCUACAAGCAUUGUUGGAUUUAUUAUACUGCUCCAUUCUUGGGUGCUAUUUUGGCUGCUCUCAUGUUUGAAUUUGUAUUGACUCCAAACAAGGCUUGCGGACGUCUCUGCAACUUGUGUCCAAAGACUCACCAAGUUAUGAAGUUGGGUCAAAUGUGGAAGUAA